AGCCCGAUCCCGGGACUGGGGAAGAGGUGGGCCCCGGCCGGUACCGCGGACAGAGAAGGGGUCUGUUUUGGGGGGUGAUACGGACCACGGUACCGAAACAUCACAUUCUUGGGCCAUUUGACGGCAGAUGGAAGAUGGAUUUGGAUUUAGAGCGGACAAAAUUGGUGCUCCUGAAGCGUUCUGAAGAAUAUAAAUAGCAAAUCAUGACUGGGAAUGAGAACGGUAGUUCCUGAAGAGGAAUUAACACAUCGGACAAAAACUGCAAAAUAGCGCGCGGCAGAAGAGAGGGAACUUCAGAGCAAGGCGGCAGGAGGCAAGCUGAAUAUUCCACCAGUUACGCUUGAAGAGAGAAGAAAAUGAGACAGUGGGACCCUGCAGCAAGGUUAACCUUGCCUGUUCAACCACUCGUUCCCAUGAAGCUGAAUAGUCCGUGGUGAUGCAGCCAUCUGGAAAUAAGAUAGUGUGCACAGUCUGUUAAGAUAGAUGAAAGGUUUAACGAGGCUGUGGCUUAUUAGUUAAAGGUUCACCUGAGAUUUAGCAUGCCACCCAAACCUGGACUUGCAACAUUUUGAUUUUCAGGAAACUGGAUUUGAAACUCUGGCAAGCCUUGGCUUUAGAUUCCAGUUUCUGCCAAUCCAGAAUGGCAGCUGUAGUGCAUUUGGAUGGCACAGAAAACCUCAAGUCUCCAACUCAGAUAAAUGAGCCCCAUUUAGCAGGGGAAAGAUACCUUUGUAAAACCCUUCCACAGCAUAGUAUGCCAUGCCAACACUACCUGUCUUUUCCUAGAAAACCUGGAUCUAAUCAGCCCCUUGUGUUGCAGGAUGUCAUUCUCUUCCUUUGGUGGUUAAGGGAGGCAGACACAGGGUGAGGGCCGCUGCUCUGGUUGACACAAGCAGCAAAAAUACCCAGUAACAAUGGAACAUCUUAUUAGUCCCACCCGUGCAUUGAUCAAGUGUGACUGUCCUGGGAGUCCUUACACAGAGUUUGCGUUACAGUUUUGAAGUACUGUGCUCAGCUAGCAGAAGAGGUUACAGAUCUUUUUGUACAUUGUGGGUUGUGGCUCAUCUCAGUGAAUUGGUCCAUUGUUUUAUUUGAACAAGUAAAUGUUAGGUUUGUUGGUUUGUUUUUUAAUGAAUAACAUCAUCUAAAAUCUGAAAAAUACCUUAUUCGCAGGGCAUUUUUGACCCUAACAUCAAGACGUUUUGAAUCCAAAAGCUUAAAUUCAAAAAGUAAAAUGAUGCUGUCAUGCCGCUCUGUGGCUUGGCCACAUCUGGAAUACUGUACACAGCAGCGUCCACCUUGGAGUAGCAAAGCAAAACAGGUGCCCUCUCAUGGAUGACUGGAAUUGCCUGCUUAGAAGGGAGCAGAACCACUUCUAAGUAUUUCAAUCCUUCCCUAAUUGUAUUGUAAUAGGCUGACAGACUACCUGAUUGUUAAAUUAAUCAGCUGAUGGGUUCAGGAGUUCAACCAUUUAAGUCUGAGGUGGAUGGGGAACCUUUGAAGACCUGGGGUUACAACUUGAUCCCUCAACCUCAUGGAGAAACACUGAACCCUGUUUGGUCAUGUUAUGAUAGCAUCAAAAGAGGGAGGGCUAAGUUUUUCAUCCUGUGUCUUGGGGGUGAGGUGGGGGGGCAGGAAGCUUCUGGUAGGCCAAGCAGGCCCAGCCUCAUCUUUAAAACUUCCCAGCAGCCCCAAGGAGGCUUGAAGUUGUGCUGGCAAAAUAUUUCUCUUUGCUGAUUAGUUUCAGCAGGAUGAUCUGUGUGCCGAGUAGAUUGCCCAUCCCUCGUCUGUGAGGGAAGGCACAUUUUUUAUUUAAAACACAUUUUUAUAAUGCAGUAUGGUUAUGAAAAAGACUAUUUAAAGAUUCUUUUAAGAGCAAAUAGAAGAAUUUGUUUGAUAAAUUGUGAAGUAUCUUUGUGCUCUAGUAGUAUCUUAGACAUCUGUAUUUGGGUGUUGCCUUGGUGUAUGUUAUCUCUAAAGAUUACUCUGUUUAAAGCUAAAUGAUUACUUAACCUUUUAAUUUUGUGAUAAUCCUAAUUAUAUAUUGUGAGUCAUGACUUCAAAAAAGGAACUGAUAGUGAGUAGACCAAGAGCACAACAGUUCACAUUUUGUUCAGCAGGCAGUUGUUAAAUUAUUUUUACAUUUAUGCUGAAUUUGAGGAGGAAUAUUGAAUAUUUGCCACAAUGGGUAUUUCCUCUUGGUGUGAAGGAGACAUUUACAUAGUGAGUUAGUAUUUUGUGUUGCCCAGGACAAUAGAAGAUAUCUGAGGCAUGUCUUUACCUUAUCUAGUUCCUAAUUCCUUCCAAUCUCUGUCAUGGUAAAGCCUUAACCAACUAAAACAACUGUGGAGCUGCUCAUAAUUCUAGUAAUAAAAAACGGGGAAGGGGGGAUGAGGAAAAAAAGGCCCCAGAACAUGGUACAAAAAUGUCAUUUCCUCCCCAAAUGUUUCCAGAGGAUGGAUGCCUCCUUCAUGCCAAACAGGAAGUCAUCUUCUGGUGUUCCUUUUCCGGUUUGGGCUGUGCAGUAGGUUGUACCAAAUUCAGUAAUUGCAUGAGUAAUUCAUUCCAAUUGAAGCACGUUUGAGCCAGAUGGCAUGUGGAGAAACCACCAGCUGGGAAGCUUCUGAGGACAGCCUCAGCCAAGGCCUAGAAAUCCAUCAUCUAACACCUUUUACUACUGGAAGAUUUCUGCAAGAUGGGCAGUGGUCAAAGGAGCUGGUGGAAUGGAGGCAGGUGGACAGCAGCAAGGAAUCAGCGGAGGCUGCUUGUGAUAUCUUAUCCCAGCUUGUGAACUGUUCUUUAAAAACCCUCGGACUGAUUUCCACUGCUCGACCAAGUUUCAUGGAUUUACCAAAGUCACACUUUAUCUCUGCCCUGACUGUGGUGUUUGUAAACUCCAAAUCCCUUUCUUCACUCAAGAUAGACGAUACACCAGUAGAUGAUCCAUCUCUCAAGGUACUGGUGGCUAACAACAGUGAUACUCUAAAACUAUUAAAGAUGAGCAGUUGUCCCCAUGUUUCUCCAGCAGGAAUCCUCUGUGUGGCUGACCAGUGCCACGGCUUACGAGAGCUGGCAUUGAAUUACCAUUUGUUAAGUGAUGAGCUCCUUCUUGCUUUGUCUUCUGAAAAACAUGUCAGAUUAGAACAUUUGCGCAUUGAUGUAGUCAGUGAAAAUCCAGGACAGACACACUUCCACACUCUUGAGAAGAGCAGUUGGGAUGCUUUCAUCAGACAUUCCCCUAAAGUGAAUUUAGUUAUGUAUUUUUUCUUGUAUGAAGAAGAAUUUGAUCCAUUCUUCCGAUAUGAAACUCCAGUCACGCAUCUUUAUUUUGGGAGAUCAGUCAGCAAAGAAGUGCUUGGCCGGGUUGGAAUGACAUGUCCUCGGCUGGUUGAACUGGUGGUGUGUGCCAAUGGAUUACGGCCACUGGAUGAAGAAUUAAUCCGCAUUGCGGAGCGCUGUAAGAACCUGUCAGCCAUUGGCCUCGGAGAAUGUGAGGUCUCCUGUAGUGCCUUUGUGGAGUUUGUGAAGAUGUGUGGCCACCGCUUGUCUCAGCUGUCUAUCAUGGAAGAGGUGUUGAUUCCUGACCAGAAGUACAGCUUGGAACAGAUUCAUUGGGAGGUGUCCAAACAUCUUGGGAGAGUUUGGUUUCCAGAUAUGAUGCCCACGUGGUAGAGCCUCUGAAGCAGACAAGGGCAUGUGGGGCAACCCCUGCGAUUGGGCCAACCUCCUGGCAGCUUAAUCAUAUAAGCUUCUUAAUGAUCCUAGGAUCCGUCAAGCGUUGUAGAAAAUCAAUGUACUUUUUAAUGCUGGUUUCUAAGAUCCAGGUGUAAGAAGUGGUAAGGGAAGAACCGAAGAUGUUCUAAAACACAUGUUCACAUAAUUUUUUUAUAGUUUGCUUUUUUCCAACAAGACAGAUGCUGAUAUAUGUAGAGGUUGACAUGUGUUUACAUAUUCAGAUGCUGUAGUUCCAAAUCUUGCUCUGAUAAUGACAGUAUUUUAGUCUGAUUCUUGGAAAUAUUACUGUGACUGAUGUAAGGGGUAUACGGUAUAUCACUUUUGUUACAUAAUCUUGGAAGCUGCAAACAUUACCCAGGUUUGUCGAAGGCUUUCACGGCCGGCAUACGAUGGCUGGCGUGGGUCUUCCGGGCUG